AACCCUGUCGUUUUUUUUCCGUCCGUGAAUUUUCAAUUUCCCCAAUAUUUAUUAUCAGCCCCUUUCAAAGCCCAAUCUCCUCGCAUCUCUCACAAACACCCGCGCGCGCAUAAACCCUAAUACGUUCAUCGAAGCGGAAUCGCCAUGAAAGGCCGUAAAUCUAAGACCGAGUCAAAGAAAUCAGACAGCAAGCUUUCUGUGAAGACACGCCCUACCAAAUCAUCCAAGGGAAAGGCAGCGGUGGACCCAAACAAACCCAAGAGGCCAGCCACUGCUUUCUUUGUUUUCAUGGAAGAGUUCAGAAAGCAGUUCAAAGAAAAGAAUCCCAACAACAAAUCAGUUCCCGUUGUAGGCAAAGCUGGUGGUGCCAAAUGGAAGUCAAUGUCUGAUGCUGAGAAAGCACCCCAUGUAUCCAAGGCAAACAAGCGGAAGAAGGAUUACGAAAAGAACAUGGACGCCUAUAACAAGAAAUUGGCUCAAGGUACAAAUGCAUCUGAGGAUGAAAAUGAGGAGUCUGACAAGUCCAGGUCUGAAGCCAAUGAUGAGGAUGAUGAAAGAUCGGAGGGCAGUGGAGAGGUGGAAGAUAGCGAGUAGGAUUCAGUAUAAUUGGCGGGCACUUUUGGUGUUUGGUGGCUUCUAAUCCCUUGCUCUUGUUACUGCAUUUUGAUGGAUUCUGGUGACAAGUAUGGGCACUUUUGGGUUAGGUGGCUUCUAUGUUAAUCCCUUGCUCUUGUUACUGCAUUUUGAUGGAUUCUGGUGACAAGUGUAUUUGCCCCUGCCCUUUCAUUUUGUUUUGCCCGCCAAUUUUAUGGUAUAGUUGGCAGAAUUUGUGGAGCAAGCUAACCUUUCACUUGGUUUGAAUGAAGCUCUUGGAUUGGGGGAACGAAAAAAAGAGUUCUUGUAUGCUUUUUGGUACUAUUCCUUAAAAGGCCUUCUGCAAUGGGUUUGUAGUCGUUGAAUGAGUUAAAAGUCACGGGGGAAAAUUAUUGCAAUCAGUACAAAGUCAUAGGAAAAUAA